CACGUCCAUAGUGUCUAGACCCCGCCAUUGCGCAGCCUGUCUGUUGCCACCUUUUCUCCUCGUCUUCAAGUACGUUAAAAGCCCCGCAACUUUACUUCGUAUUAUCAUUAAAAGACAUCAGACCAAGAAAUAACCCAUCAAGAACUUCAACAAAUUUCAGGCAGAGAAAGCACUGUUCUGCUGUUUCUUGCAAGAAACAGAUUCAUACGCACGAUGGGUCAUGAAGAAGAUGGAGGAGAGGAGUACUUGUUCAAGAUAGUAUUGAUAGGUGACUCUGCAGUUGGGAAAUCGAACCUGCUCUCGAGGUUUUCUCGAAAUGAGUUCGACACUAACACGAAGGCGACGAUCGGGGUGGAGUUCCAGACGCAGGUGAUGGAAAUUGAUGGCAAAGAGAUCAAGGCACAGAUCUGGGACACUGCUGGUCAAGAGAGGUUCAGGGCAGUCACUUCUGCUUACUAUAGGGGAGCCGUCGGUGCUCUCGUUGUUUAUGAUAUUAGCAGGAAGACUACCUUCGAGAGUGUGAAACGCUGGCUCGAUGAGCUCAGUAGAGAACUCAACAAUAUACGAAUUCAAAGGGGUAUGUGAGUAUCUUCUGUUUUACCUGACAACGAG